AUGAGUCUCUUGAAAGCCGAUCAGGUGCGGCGUGAGUUAUUCGUCACGUACAGCCAGCAGAUCGCCGAACUUCUCGGGGAGAUGGAAGAGAAAGAGGAAGAGAAGCCGCAGGAAGAACCCACUCCACCGGUGGAAGUAAAGGAGAAUAUCAGGAAUCUAGGAAUGUUAUUGGAAGCACAAGCACAAGAAGAAGAAAAGGAAGAAGAAGAAGAAGAACAACAGGAAGAAGAAAAAGAAAUAAAGGAAGAAUUGCAAACCACAACGGAAUUUCCCAAACGAUUUCGAAUAUCAUAUGCACGGCAGCAUCUCCUGCGGCAGCGGGCACUGCGUCUACCGGAGGCCAGCAGCCAUCAAGCCGAUGGCGGUCAUCUUGUUUCCUCACCAAGAGCAGAAACUGAAGGAGUUGUUGAAGAAGAAGAUGAAGAGAAUAAUAAUAUGAAAGCCAUUGAAACCAUAACAACAACAACAACAACAACAACGAGAACAACUGUAGCCGUAAAAGAAGAAGAAGAAGAAGGAUGGCGUUUGGCGUAUAAUGAACCAUUUCCUUCUCUACGUAAAAUGAUGCGGCGUGUGCAGGAUGAGUCGUUAAGUAUAUUAGUGCGUGAAGCCCGAGUGCCGCCAGCCGCCUACCGUGAUGAUGACUACACCAGACAGCGAAUGACAGUCCUGCGGGAACUGGAAGAACAGAUCGGCAGAGAUCGCAUUAAACUACUGGCAAGACUACAAAAGAUGGAUGGAAAACUACAUUUGUUGGAAUAA